GGAAAUCGAAUGGCUGGAUAGUCUCUCGCAGCCGUUGCGCCAAUCAGAGGUAACGCUCUCUUCUCAUGUUCUACCCCACCGCGCAAGGGACAUCUCUGCACCCUCUCUCGUCAUUCUUCCUCAGUCAAGUCUUCCGUUCGUUCUCUUGUCGCAGGAACUCUGUGGACAGAAAUCAGAUCAGAUUGCGCGAAACAGCCAUAAUCGCGCGUUCGGGCAUGUGCCCGCAAGUGUUCCAUUCUGCUAUUCAUUCAACAGGCGGGAGGCCAUGUCAAUAUUUACAAUAGAAAACCACGUCCACCUCUCACUCAUCUCACUCACAAUCGCACCAAGUACUUUUCUCGCUUUCUCGGGUCUUGCAUUUGUCUAUCUCUACAUUCUUCACGUCCGCAACAACCCCCUUUCGCGCCGCGAGGCCAAGCCCAAGCCCAACAACCAUGGCGACGACGAUCGAGGAGCUCGAAGGGCUCUUCGAAGACCACCCCUCCUUAAACGCCUCUCUGCAGGACUUCGAACCCGGAAGCAGCGAGCUCGAGCAGCCGCCCCGCUUCGGAUAUCCCUCACAUCAUUCUGGCUUCCGCUCCGAGACCGACUCGGAGAUCGUAGGCUCGGAUUCGGCAGGUCGUUACAGCCCGCCGGCGUGGCGAAGAGACGGGGCCGGCAAUCGCAGCAGCGGCUUUUGGAAUAGGAAGGAUAAUAUACUGGGGAAGCGGAGUUGGGGAUCGCGGGAGAGCAGCCCGGAGUAUGAGAGCGCGGAUGAUGGUGAAGAUGCGACGCUCGCGGCGGCGACCAGAACACGGCUGCCGACUGGCUCGUUGUCACCUGAGAAACGAAGAAGUCCAAGUCCUGAUAUCUUCCCCUCUGGAGGGAAAGAUUUUGGAAAUACAUUUGGUGGGGUAAAGCAGGAGGAGGGCCAGGAAGUGAUUGUACCAUCAGCUGAGAACCCUAAUAAUUACAUUCGAUUCGCGGUCCGAGCAGAAGUUCAACAUCGCACUGAUCCUUUCGAAGCUGUCUACUUAUUGGUGAAGAGCAAGCUCCAUGAUGUCACGAGAUCAUGGUCGUCGCUACUCCUCUCUAUCUUUGUUGCCCUAAUGUCCAUAUUGUCAUUACGAACUAUCUUCCAGCCCGGUACACCUCCGCCGGUGCCUGAUCUUGUAAAGGUGGCCGGGCUGGCGAAAGCUUUCGAGCCAUUGAUCUUCUAUUCUGAGAAUAGCGUCCAGCAGAUUGGCGAUUUGCAAGCCACGGGAGUUGCGGUAUGGGAUCUUGGCGAGAGUGUGCGGUCGACGAAUAUGACAUCUGCUCCUAUCAUCGUCAAAGAGCUCGAUGAUCUCAGCGAGAGCCUCAAGACGUUAGCGAUAGAGUUGACACGAUUCUUCGCGAAUGUUGAUGGAGAUGUCGAUGGAAUAUUGAUUGUUAUGGAUUGGGCCAAACGCGAGCUAUCCCAGCUUCAGCUCCUACCGCCAUCCCCGCUCACAUCUGCCUUCGACAACCUCCACUCCAUCCUCAGCCGCUGCGGGAUUCUCGAGACGCCGUCAGGCGUACCAACCCGCCUUGGCAGCGCAGUAACGUCCAUCUUCGGACUCACAUCGCCUCAACGAACCCGGCAAACGCUGCAACGGACCUUCACCGAGUUCCUCUCCGUGCUCGAAGAAGCCAUCAACUCGGAGCUUCAACACUCGCUGGCGCUCUUCUCGCUCUUCGAAUCCAUCGACCGGCAAUUCCUGAACCUAGCACGGACGGUGAUCCGCGAGUCCUCGGCGCAGGACUCGGCGCACGAUGACAUGCUCUCUUCCCUGUGGACGAAGCUCCUAGGUCCGAGUGCGAGCUCGCUGCACAAGUUCGAGAAGAACAAGAAGCUGCUGAGCAACAUCCGCGCCAAGACCGUGCAGAAUAAGAGCAUCCUCCUCGAGCAUAACGGGAAACUGCUCACGCUGAAAGCGAACCUGGAGAGUCUGCGCCGGAAACUCGUGAGCCCGCUCGUCAGGGCAAAUGGGAGCACGCUCAGUGUCGAGGAACAGAUUAGGGGCUUGGAGGACGUGGGUGGUUAUCUGGGAGGCGUCAGGGAGAGGCAGAGGAGUAAGCUGAUGGAGAUGCUGUAUGGUGCGGGGAGUAACAGCGGGAGACGGAUUGCGGGGGCGGAUGCGGGGGAGAUUGAGGGACGGUGGGACCGAUGACCUUGUUGAUGAUGCAUUGGAUAAUAUGAGACAGGGUCAUUCUCAUGCUUGGAUUUC